ACAUCAACCCUCUCCCGCCAGUUCGCCUCCACUACUUCCUCCCGCGCCAAAAACCGCAUCUACCCUUCGCGCGUCCGCUCCGAAGAUGAACUCCAAACCCUCCUCCUCAUGUCCGCCAGCAGCCGCACGCCGCUGCUCACCCUCUGGCGCACGCAAUGGUGCACGCUCAGCGAUGAGAUCCGACCGGUGAUCCACGAACUCCUCGAGCGCGACGGCGUCGGUGAGGGAAGCGGCGGGGUGAGCUUCGUCGAGGUCGAGACGGACAGCCCGGAUCUGGGCGGCAUGGGCGGAGUGGCGUUGCGAUACGCGGUGAAUCAGGAUCCGACCUUGUUGGCGUUUGAUCGCCAGGAGCCGCAGUUGGAGACGAAGGUUGUGAAGGCGGAGGAUUUGAAGAGUAGGGAGUUCUUGAGGAGGUGGAUUGAGAGGGAGGCGGCGAGACAGGGU